AUCGACUCGGCAUGCGAGGGGGUUAUAGUAAACGAAACUUGGGUCAAGAGACAUCGUUUCCCCACCUAUACACUCAACAACCCCAUUCGCGUCCGGAACGUCGAUGACACCAUUAAUAAAGCAGGUCUCAUCCGAUCCGCCUUGGAUGUGAACCUCACCAUUCGGGACAUCAGUGGACGAACGCAUACUGAGCGCAUCCAGAUGUUUAUCUCCAAUCUAGGGAAGGACGACCUUAUCCUGGGAACAGAUUGGUUGAAAUACCACGAUCCCUCCAUCGAGUGGAGGCGA